CACCCAAAGACGGAAAACCCCCCAAACGAGACGGAGCUUCAUUUUUCACUCAUCAAUGGUGUUUUAUGCUCUCUUCUGACAGUCUGACACCCUCAACCACCCCUUUUUCUCUCUCCUCCACGCUGAAUCGGCAGCAUUCUCUCUCCACUGUGUGUACUUCUGUUACACUGAGAAAGUUGAAAGAAAAAUAAUCCCUAUUUUCUAUCUCCUCAUUCUGGGUUUAAGCUUUGAAGAAUCAGCAUCUUUCACUCUCCACUUUGCGAGACUUACUCUCUCCUCAGUUGUGGGUCUAAUCUUUGAAGAUGGGACUUGGGGGGAAAGAUGGCCAGGGCACCAGUAGCAAGUCUAGAAAUGAUAAAGAGCCGUUUGAUGGUAUUGACUUAGAGAUGCUGUGGGAUGACGUGGAUAUGGAAUCAGACGAAGAUGGUGAUCUCAUGGACUUGGACCUACACGACCUUGGUGAAGCUUCCGUAAUGAGCUUUUGCAAGAAAGCUUCAGCAGCCUUCUUCAAGCAACAUGGUCUUAUCAGUCACCAAAUCAACUCGUACAACAACUUUGUUACCAAUGGGAUUCAACGAGUGUUUGACGCCAUUGAGGAAAUUUCUGUGAAUCCAGGGUAUGAUCCCUCGAAGAAAGGUGAAGGGGGAUGGAGAUAUGCCUCUGUGAAAUUCGGGAAGGUUGAGCUUGAGUAUCCGAUGUUUUGGACGGGUGAAAAGUUUCACGCAGAAGGAGGGAAAGACUAUAUGAAGUUGCUUCCUCGACAUGCUCGUCUUCAGAACAUGACGUAUUCUGCAAGGUUGAAAGUUGAGACCCGCCUUCAGAUAUAUACCCAAGAGAAGGUCAAAAGUGACAAAUUUAAAACUGGGAAGUCAGAGUACAUAGACAGGACGGUCUUGAAAGAUGAAACGACAGAAGUCAUUGUUGGUAGGGUCCCUGUGAUGGUGAACUCUGAUAUUUGCUGGAUGAGUAAAGUUGAGAAAGGUGACUGUGAAUUUGAUCAUGGAGGGUACUUUAUAGUCAAGGGUGCUGAGAAGACAUUUAUUGCACAAGAGCAGAUCUGCUUGAAGAGGCUUUGGAUUUCUAAUGAACCCUACUGGAAGGUUGCUUACCGGUCUGAAUUCAAGAGGAGAAGGGUGCAUGUCAAGUUAGUAGAGAAUCCAAAAGCUGAAAACAUCCAAGGAGGAGAAAAAGUUAUCAGUGUGUACUUCUCGAUUAUUGAAGUUCCUAUUUGGAUACUUUUCUUUGCCCUCGGGGUAUCAUCUGACAAGGAGGUGGUGGAGUUGAUUGAUUGCAGCACGGAUGAUGGCCGCAUCAGUAAUAUUCUCUUUGCAUCCAUUCAUGAUGCUGAUGAGAAGUGUGAUGGAUUUCGUCGUGGUGCCAAAGCUAUGGAGUAUAUUGACCAAAUGAUAAGAGAAUCCAAAUUCCCUCCAGACGAGACCACUGCAGAAUAUCUUGGCAAAUACCUUUUCCCUAGUCUUUCUGGGAAUAAGCAGAAGGCCCGCUUUCUUGCGUACAUGGUGAAGUGCCUCUUGCAAGCAUUUUCUGGCAGAAGAAAGUGUGAUAACAGAGAUGACUUCAGAAACAAGCGGCUGGAGUGUGCUUCUGAGCUGUUGGAGAGGGAGCUUAGGGUGCAUAUGAGGCAUGCUGAGAAGAGGAUGGUGAAGGCUAUGCAGCGGGACCUCUAUGGGGAACGUGAUCUGCAGUCCAUCGAGCACUAUUUGGAUGCUUCAAUUGUCACGAAUGGUCUGACUCGGUCGUUCUCUACCGGGGCUUGGGCACAUCCUUUCAAGAGGGCAGAAAGGGUUUCCGGGGUAGUUGCCAAUCUCAGGCGAACUAACCCGCUGCAGACUAUCUGUGAUAUGAGGAAGACCCGGCAGCAGGUUUCCUACACAGGGAAGGUCGGGGAUGCCAGAUACCCGCACCCAUCUCACUGGGGGAAGAUUUGCUUCCUGUCUACACCGGACGGUGAGAACUGCGGACUUGUGAAGAAUAUAGCUGCUACUGGACUUGUCAGUAGCAGCAUUUCCAAGGAGGAACGGGUCUCGCUGCUUGAAACUCUGCUUCGGUGCGGAAUGGACAGAUUAGUGCACGACUCUUCUACUUCGCUGAGUGGGAAGGACAAAGUUCUCGUGGAUGGUGAGUGGGUUGGGGUAUGUUCUGAUUCCCUCAAAGUUGUUGAAGAAUUAAGAAGGAAGCGUCGUAGGAAGCGCUUGCCAUGCCAGGUUGAAAUCAAAAGAGAUGUUCAGAAUGCCGAAGUGCGGAUAUUCUGUGACGCUGGAAGAAUCCUCCGACCUCUUUUAGUUGUUGAAAAUUUGAAGAGGAUAAAGCUACUGAAAGGGGAUGAAUAUUCCUUCGAGACACUUCUGGACAAGGGAAUAAUUGAUCUGAUCGGCACUGAAGAGGAAGAAGAUUGCCGCACAGCAUGGGGAAUUAGGCUCCUGUAUGAAGAUAAGGGAAAGGGCCCUGUCAAGUACUCCCACUGUGAGCUUGACAUGUCAUUCUUAUUGGGGGUAAGUUGUGGUAUAAUCCCAUUUGCUAACCAUGACCAUGCAAGGAGGGUUCUCUAUCAAUCCGAGAAACAUUCUGGGCAAGCAAUAGGGUAUUCAAGCACAAAUCCCAACAUCAGAGUUGAUACCUUGUCCCACCAGAUGUAUUACCCUCAGAGACCUCUGUUCCGGUCGGUGAUUUCUGAUUGCCUUGGAAAGGCCGAGCAUUCAUUAGGCCGCAACCAGAUACUACCAAAUGUUGAAUUCUUUAAUGGUCAAAAUGGUAUUGUUGCAGUGAAUGUCCACCUCGGAUAUAAUCAAGAAGAUUCCUUGGUCAUGAAUCGGGCCUCCCUGGAACGAGGGAUGUUUAGGACCGAUCACAUCAGGAGUUACAAGGCUGAAGUUGACAACAAGGAAUCAUCAGAAAAGAGGCGGAAGUUUGAAGAUACUGUUAGUUUUGGGAAGAUGCAGAGCAAAUUAGGACGGGUUGACAAUCUUGAUGAUGAUGGCUUUCCAUACAUUGGAGCAAACCUGCAAAGUGGAGAUAUCAUUAUUGGGAGGUGUGCCGAAUCUGGAACGGAUCAUAGUGUGAAGCUCAAGCAUACAGAGAGAGGGAUGGUACAAAAAGUGGUCUUGUCAGCAAAUGACGAUGGGAAGAAUUUUGCUGUUGUUUCACUUAGACAGGUUCGUUCACCAUGUCUUGGUGACAAGUUUUCGUCCAUGCACGGUCAAAAGGGUGUUCUGGGAUAUCUGGAGUCACAAGAGAAUUUUCCUUUCACCAAACAGGGGAUAGUGCCAGAUAUUGUGAUCAAUCCUCAUGCAUUUCCUUCUAGGCAAACUCCUGGCCAACUACUGGAGGCUGCCCUUGGGAAAGGUAUUGCUUGUGGUGGCUCAUUGAGAUAUGCUACCCCGUUCUCUACUCUUUCUGUUGAAGCCAUAACGGAGCAGCUUCACAGGGCUGGAUUCUCAAGAUGGGGAAACGAAAGGGUGUAUAAUGGUAGAACAGGAGAGAUGAUCCGUACCCUGAUAUUCAUGGGCCCCACCUUCUAUCAACGCCUGAUCCAUAUGUCUGAGGACAAAGUGAAGUUUCGCAAUACGGGUCCUGUCCAUCCUCUGACAAGGCAACCAGUAGCGGACAGGAAACGGUUCGGGGGUAUCAAGUUUGGGGAGAUGGAAAGAGAUUGUCUGAUCGCACAUGGUGCUUCAGCCAACCUUCAUGAGCGGCUCUUCACUCUGAGUGACUCAUCCCACAUGCAUGUUUGCAGGAAGUGCAAGAACCUCGCUAAUGUCAUACAAAGGACGGUCCCAGGUGGCAAAAAGAUCCGAGGGCCAUACUGCAGAUUCUGUGAAUCAGUUGAUGAAGUUGUGAAGGUGAGUGUGCCAUACGGCGCAAAGCUGUUGUGUCAGGAGCUAUUUAGCAUGGGCAUCUCUCUUAGGUUCGAUACCCAGCUUUGUUAGCUUUGUUGAUAAUGCUGUGAAUAGAUGCUCCUCGUUAAUUAAAGCCCAAUCCAUUAGACAUUUUAGAUCUAAUCAGUUUUUACAUGAACCUUUUGAAUCUCUUCUGUCAAAUCCUGUAAGAAAAGGAGAAGCAGUCAUUUUAAGUUGAUGCUGGGCUGCCUAUGUGAAGGCAUGUAAGACUCGUUCUAGAGCCAAGAGCUUGAUACUAUGAAUGAAUGAAUGAAUGAAUGACCAGAAAACUGGAUUGGUGGCUAA